GGCGCGGGAGCUGCAGUUCUCCAUCGAUGACAUCAACAGGAUCCGGGUGGAGAAUCCCAACUCACUGCUGGAGCAGAGCACUGCCCUCCUCAACCUGUGGGCUACCCACGAGGACAAGAGGACCAACAUGGAAAGUCUGCACUCAGCCCUGAGGAACAUUGAGCGGAAUGACAUUGUGAGCAUGCUAGAGGGCUCCAAUCUCAACAGCCAGACCCUCAACAGAGGCAAGAGAAGGCAAGGCGAGCGAGAUCACAGCCUGUCUCCUGCUGUCAAUGGUUUCACCUCGGUGCAUGACGAGAUGCUGUCGCCGACUUCGCUCCGCUACACGAUGCCAAGCCCGGUCCAGGCCGACCACUUCUGGAACGACGUCACCAGCCUGGACGGCAUUGCCGCUGUGGUGCCACCCGGUGCCGAGCCCCUGCUGGAGCUUUCUGACGUGCCCCCCCACCCGCCUUGGACGUCGGAUCACAGGCCCCCCCUGGUCGUGGCGGAAGACUCCUCCCUGGACUGCAACCGAGCCGAGGACCCCUACCUGGCCGAGGGGCCCCCUCCCUUCACCGACGACCCCCUGGACGCCGACGCCGUCAACGGCCUGAUCGAGAUAUUCAACCAGGAGCUGGAGGACCGGGCUCUGGCGACAGAAGAGGGCCAUGCGACCUUGCCCGCACGCCCUCUCAGCGCCGAGAAUGGCACUUCAGUCGCCGCGGGCCAACCAAAGGCCAGCGAGGGACAGACGGGGUCAGGAACCGCAAGGGGAGAGGCCGGAGAAGACCUGAGGUGGUUGGAGCAGGGGACUGCCAGCUCCCAAGCCUCAUCCCUAACGGUCCGGGGGCAGAGCGGGACACUCCCUGAGGGCGGUCCACCCCUGGAUGAGGCCUGGAAACCGAGGAAGGAGUGGGCCGAGAAGCAGGGCUCGGCCAGGCUGAGGGUGACCCAGGAGAAGCUGAUUCAGCCUGUACAGGACACAGCACGGCUCGAGUCGCUGAGUCACUCACAGCCCGAGGAGCCCCUCUGGCCCUCCGCACGAGGGUUAGCCACGUUGGCCCAUGGCUCGGAUCCCAGGAGCAGCUGGAUCACCCUGGAGGAGGAGGAAAUGGUGGGCUCCAGUGAGGAGGGUGAAGAGGCCAAGAACAUUCCGGGAGAAUCGGUGACAGAGGAGCAGUUCACAGACGAAGACGGCAAUCUUGUCACAAAGAAAGUAAUGAAUGUGUUUGAUGUUCCACAGGGUGGGCCUCUUAACUUUGCGCGGUGUGUGUGUCGGAUGGGUUUGGAAGGGGGGUGGAAACAGCAGAAUAGAAACCUAGCUCACUAUUGGCACACCGACAGGUCAGGACACAUUUCCAGCCAGCAACAUUGCUCCAAAGUGGAAAGCAUUUCUGUGCCACCAGGUGCCACGUCACUGCAUCAAAACAAAAGGGGAAGAUUAUUUAUUCCUCUCUCUCUCUCUUUUUCCUAAUCAACCUGUUCUGAGAUGUUACUACUUACCUCUGGAGGAAGUGGGACUUAAACCCAGGCUUCCCAGUCCAGGGCUCGUGGACCAGACCAAAGCCCACUCCAAUAUAUCAAGGAGACAACCUAGACUCCUCACUUUUAGCUUAUUUAAAUACAAGUGAAUGGUGCGGUGUUCCAGAUGUAAUUCGAUUGGUUACAAGACUUGGCUUUAUGCAAAACACAUUUUAUUCUUACCCUAUAGUUAAAAGAAGAAGACUUGGUAUAACUUUAACCCGAACAGAAUAAUAGAGUAUUUAACUGUAAACAGCAAAAGUUCUGAUAUAGUAACAUCCCGUGAACACACCCCUGGCAAACCAAAAUUCAGUCAAACAGAUUGUCUCGUGUGCGAUUCUCGCAGCAGAAAAAACACAAGCUGUUAGCUGCAGCCAAGAGAGAAAAUUCUGGUAGAGAGAGAAAGAGCGAGAGAGAGAGAGCAAGAGCGAGAGUGUGUGAAAGAGAGAGAGCAAGAGCGAGAGUGUGAGAGAGAGAGAGAG